UAGAUGAGAAAAACGACAACUUCACGUUGAGCCGGCCGAAGAUCAGGCUUCAGUUGGAAAACAUAAGCUGAGCUAGUUUUACUACAGUUUUAAAAUAAAAUCAUCUUUUGCUGGGCGACUGUGGAUAUGUCUUUGUCAAAGAAAGAAAUCGAUGAGCUGCAACCUAUUAUACAGGAUACCGUUUCAAAAAGGUUAGGUUUUCCAGAGAAAGCAGUAAUGAAAGCAGCGUUGUCUUGUUUGACAGAUAAUUUGGACCAUGAAGAUGCAACAGAGAAAAUGUCAUCCCUUCUUGGUGACGACUUAGCUCCACGUUUUGUCGAAGACCUAUUGGAUAAUGUUAGAAAAUUCAGAAAAAGUAAGCUAGCUUCUCGUAAAAGAUCAAAUACAGAUAAUGAUGAAAGCCCCUUAAAAAAAGCGAAACUGAAUCGUUUGAAUGCUUUAAUCGAUGACGAGCCACUUCCUCCUACCAUACCAGAGGCUGACCCAGAGGCAUUACUAGCAAAUGCCAAUAACAUAACUGAAAUGGUGGCUAACAUGAAGAAACAAAUUGAACAAAGAAAAAAGAUGUUAAUACAAUCUGGAGUGGCUCCGGCUUUAAUUGAACAUCAAGAGCGUAUGGAUAAACGUAUAAAAGAAGAACAAGCAAAAGCUAAAUUACUUGCCGAUGCUGAUGACAAGGCUAAAAGGGCUGCUGAACUCCAGGCUAGAAUACAGGCUAAAACUGGAAAGCUUUUUGGGAUAAAUUUACCCAUAAAAAGUGCGGCUGAAUUGAAUGCAAUCCCUAUCACUGAAAUGACAAAACCAGCUGCUGUUGUGCUUGACGCAGAGGGGAACGCAAUAGAUCAAGCAACUGGUAGAUAUCUGCAGAUCUCACAGAGGUUGCCCACUUUAAAAGUUAACAUACGCGAGAAAAAGAGAGAGCUGCUGAAGGUCGAUGUAGAGCAACCUCAACAAGAAGAGGAAGAAGUAAAACAUUUUGAUCCAAGAGUUGGUAUGAACCCAUCACAACGUGGUAGGCGAUCAACGUUUACAUUUCAUCAACGCGGGAAGUUUCAACAACUCGCACAAAGGAUGCGUGCCAAGGCUCAAAUGGAGAAACUACAAAAGCAAAUUCAAGCAGUUGCAAAGAAAACUGGCAUUUCCUCAGCAGCAAAGCUUGCUCAGGUGGUCAAGAAGGAAGAUUUGGAUUUGAGGUACAUUCCUGAUAUUGAGUGGUGGGAUAUGGCUGUGUUACCGAACCGCACAUACAAAGACUUGACGAGAGAGUUAAAAAAAGACGAAGAGCUUUUUGUCGGCAUCACUAAUUUAGUGGAACAUCCUAUUGGAAAGCACGCUCCGAGUGAACCAAAGUCAACACCAGCCAUGCCUAUAUUUUUAACAAAGAAAGAGAGAAAGAAAAUACGAACACAAAGGCGUAGAGAGCAUGAAAAAGAAAAACAAGAAAAAAUCAGACUCGGUCUGGAACCACCACCAGCUCCUAAAGUGAAAAUUUCAAAUUUAAUGAGAGUGUUGGCAUCAGAAGCAGUACAAGAUCCAACAAAAGUCGAAGCUCAUGUUCGAACACAAAUGGCUGCACGUCAGAAAAAACACGAAGCUGCUAACGAAGAGCGGAAACUGUCAAAAGAAGAACGAUCGAAUAAAAAAAUCAAUAAAUUAAAAGAAGACACAUCGUUAGGCGUUCACACAGCUGUAUAUCAACUAUUAGAUCUUUCAAAUCCCGCCAAAAAAUUCAAAGUAGAUACUAACGCACAACAAUUAUAUAUGACGGGAACUGUGAUUAUAAUGAAAGAGUUUGUUCUUGUGCUUGUCGAGGGCGGUCCAAAAGCACAGAAGAAAUUUAAACGCCUCAUGUUGAAUCGAAUCAAAUGGGAUGAAGAUUCAGCACAAGGACAUCGCCAAGAUAAACUCGAUAAAAAGAACAACGAGGUGGAUGCAAACAGAAAAAAAAACUCGUGUCGACUAAUAUGGGAGGGAACGAACGUGGAAAGAAAUUUCAAAGAUUGGAAAUUCCAUAUGUUUAAAAACGAACAGGAGGUCCAGGUGUUUCUAAAGUCACACAACGUUGAACAUUAUUGGAACUUAGCUCACAGUCAAUCAGUUCUUGAAGAAACUGAUACUUAAUUGGGAUAUCAUGUUACGUUGACAGAUAACUAAAUGAAUGAGUAGAGCCGAUCGACACAAAAACUGAAGUUGUGAAUGCGAAGUGUUUCUUCAUGACUUUCACAGAGGUUGAAAUAGAAACCUUGUGUUUUGCGUUACAAAACUCUUAAAAUACGAAUUUGUAGAUUUUAUACAGAAUUUAUCUCAAAGGAAAAUUUACGUCCAACAAGAAAGAA